AUGUUGCAGAGAGCUGCAAGCAAUGCAUAUUCAUGGUGGUGGGCGAGCCACAUCAGAACCAAACAAUCCAAAUGGAUGGAGCAAAAUCUCCAAGAUAUGGAGGAAAAGGUACAAACGGUUUUGCGGCUUCUAGAAGAAGAAGGCGACUCCUUUGGAAAAAGAGCGGAAAUGUAUUACAAAAGGAGACCGGAACUGAUAAUCUUCGUGGAAGAAGCGUUCCGCGCGUACCGAUCAUUAGCAGAUCGGUACGAUCAUUUAUCAACAGAGUUACAGAAUGCAAACAACACAAUUGCUUCCGUUUGUCCGGAUAGUCUUCCUUAUAUGGACGAAGAGGACGAUGAAGCAUCGCCGAGGCCACCGAGAAAAAUGCCAGAAGGGCUCAAACCGAAUGUUCCGAAUGUUCCGAAAGUUCCCGCGCCUCCGGUGAAGGAUUUAAAAAGUGUCAUUACCACGGCUACGAAGAAGUUAAGUGCGAAGAAAGCGUCUAUGGCAGCUUCUAAAGUUCCGAAAUCGGGAUUAAGCAGAAAGCAGGUGAUUGAAGAGGUUGACAAGCUUCAGAAGAAUAUUCUAGCAUUACAGACUGUGAAAGAGUUUCUGAAAAGCUCUUAUGAUAAUUCCAUUGCUAAGUAUUGGGAAACCGAGGGACAGAUCAAGGAGUUGCAAGAGAGAGUUUCGAAUUUGCAAGACGAACUCGGGGAAGGUGUUGUUAAUGUUAUUGAUGACGAGGAGGCUCGGCAUUUGAUGGCAGAAGCCGCGCUUAAAUCCUGUCAAGAUGCAUUGUCGCAGUUGGAAGAGAAACAGGCUGCGUCACUCGAUGAGGCGAAAAUUGAGUCCAAGAGAGUGAAGGAAGUGAGGGAAAAGUUAAGCUCCCUUAUGAAUGAAUUUCAGUAUGAUCAAACCAAUCCGCAAAAGCCGAGGCCUAAACGAGAUGUGAAAGAAGUAACAGAGAAAAAGGAUUUGGAUGAAGAUGUGGAGGUAAUGACUAAACAGAGACAAGAGUUGCAGAUAUUGAAAGAGAAGAUUAAAGAACAUUUCGAGGCUGGCUCGCAUUCGGCUUUAACCGUGACAGAAAUGGCAGAGAAGAUUGAUGAGCUUGUUACAAAAGUCAUUAGUUUAGAAUCUGCAGUUUCUUCACAGACAGCUUUGGUAAAGAAUUUAAAAGACGAAACUGACGAACUCCAUUCGUUGAUUCGAUGUCUAGAAAUGGAAAAGGAGAGCUUGGUUAACGAAAAAGUUAAAUUGAACGAGAAACUUCGCGAAAUGGAUGAAAAAGUGCAUGAAUUAAAUGACCUUAGCCAAGUUGUUGAAGAUCAAAACAACAACCUCCAAACUCAUUUCACCGAAGCACAUUGUAGUCUUGAUAAUCUCGCUGAGAAAGUAGUCAAAAAGGAAAAUCCGGACGAAGAGGAUAAAGUGACUGAAAUAUUACCAAUAGAAACACAUUCAUUACGCGAAGAUGAACCAAAACAAGAUGUUAAAGCAGAAAAUGCAUUGAACGACGAUGCCGAGUCCAAUAAAGAUACUUCUUUGGUAGAAGGAGAUACUUUAAAUUCAGAUAUGGAAAACAAAGUAAAGGUCACUGAUUCGCAAACAAAAGAAGAAGCAAUCGUAGUUGAAAACAAAUCUUCUGUAGAGUUGAAAGAAAUUGCGAAUACUCAUAACAUUAGCAAUAAUGAUACAAUCGAAUCAAGAGAUAACACAAGUCAUGAAAAUGACAAUAAUCAAAUUUCGUCGGAGACAAAGAGUACUCAUAAAAGUGAUUCCGAGGAGGAAGCAACAGCACUAGAAGAAAAUGCUUUGCUAUCAGAGUAUAGAAACACUCUUCAGAAUUAUGAAGAAGUGAAGAGCAAGCUCAAUGAUGUAGAGAAGAAAGCUCAAGAUGCAUUGUUUGAGUCAUCUUUGCAGGUGAAAGAAUUGAAGACUUCUAAUGCUGUGAAAGACGAAGAAAUUCGGCUCUUACGUCAGAAACUAAAUCUUAUCCAGAAAAGCGUAGAGGGAAAUGAAGAAACGGAUGAGUUACCUCCCUUGCAGCCGCCACCAGAAAAUCACGCUAUUGAGGCGAUGUUUAAAUUAGAAGAACCGGAAUCAACUUCUGUGAUUGAAGAGAAGUUUCGUAUGGGAAUCGACGAACUUCUAGAGGAGAAUCUAGUAUUCUGGAUGAAAUUCAGUGCUUCUUUCACCGAGAUACAGAAAUACGAAACAACUACAAAAGAUUUGCUAACCGAGGUAUCAAAAAUCGAAGAAAAAUGGAAAGCAACAGAAGGAAGUAGUAGCACAAAAUAUUCAUUGAAAUCAGACGCAAGACCGCUUUAUAAACACCUUGCAGAGAUACAAAAUGAACUCACACUAUGGUUAGAAAACAGCGCGAUGCUGAAGGAAGAACUUCAACAAAGAUUCUCGUCGUUGUGUGAAAUCCAAGAAGAGAUAACAACAGCAUUGAAAGCAAGUGCUGAAGGUUAUGAUUUCAAGUUCACAAGCUAUAAUGCUGCGAAAUUUCAAGGCGAGGUUUUGAAUAUGAAACAAGAGAAUAACAAAGUUGCUGAUGAGCUUCAAGCAGGGUUUGAUCUUGUAACAACUCUUCAACUUGAAGCUGAGAAGGCUCUUGCGAAGUUGAAUGAAAGAUUUGGACUGUCGAAUUCCAAGAGAAACCAGAUGAGACCUUCAGAUUCGACGAACCGUGUUCCUCUAAGGUCAUUUAUCUUUGGAGUUAAACAAAAGAAACAAAAACAGUCAAUCUUUUCAAUGCAUAGGAAAUAUCGUGCUUUGAAAUCAUAA